AGCCCAUUUCUGUCUCUUCCUGUAUGUCCUCAGCCCUGCAGUGAUUUGCUCAGGAUGAAAUGCAAAAGAAAUGGGUGGUGAUUUUUGGUGUGUGUUUUGGUGGCACGGUUUAAAUGAAUCACUGCCUUCCACCGAGGCGGUAAUGUUCCUGAAGUUUUCUCUCCGAUCCGUUUUCUAUGGAGCUGGAGGAGGAAAUGACAUUCAGUGGUGUUUUUCUCAGGUGAAAGGCGCUGUAGAUGAUGAUGUAGCAGAAGCUGAUAUAAUUUCUACAGUAGAAUUUAACCAUUCUGGAGAGUUGUUAGCAACAGGAGACAAGGGAGGGAGAGUUGUCAUUUUUCAACAGGAGCAGGAGAACAAAACCCAGUCUCACAGUAGAGGAGAAUACAAUGUUUACAGUACCUUUCAAAGCCAUGAACCAGAGUUUGACUACUUGAAAAGUUUAGAAAUUGAAGAGAAGAUCAACAAAAUUAGGUGGUUACCCCAGAAAAAUGCUGCUCAGUUUUUAUUGUCUACAAAUGAUAAAACAAUAAAAUUAUGGAAAAUCAGUGAAAGGGACAAAAGACCCGAGGGUUAUAAUUUAAAGGAGGAAGAUGGACGGUAUAGGGAUCCUACUACAGUUACAACACUACGGGUGCCAGUGUUCAGGCCCAUGGACCUCAUGGUGGAAGCCAGCCCACGAAGGAUAUUUGCCAAUGCCCACACAUAUCACAUCAAUUCCAUCUCCAUCAAUAGUGACUAUGAAACCUACCUGUCUGCAGACGACCUGCGGAUCAACCUGUGGCACCUAGAAAUCACAGACAGAAGUUUUAACAUUGUAGAUAUCAAGCCUGCCAACAUGGAGGAGCUGACAGAGGUGAUCACAGCUGCAGAGUUCCACCCCAACAGCUGCAGCACGUUUGUGUACAGCAGCAGCAAAGGCACCAUCCGCCUGUGUGACAUGAGAGCCUCAGCCCUCUGUGACAGACACUCAAAGUUGUUUGAAGAACCAGAAGAUCCUAGCAACAGAUCAUUUUUCUCUGAAAUCAUCUCUUCCAUAUCUGAUGUCAAAUUUAGCCAUAGUGGUCGAUAUAUGAUGACUAGAGAUUAUCUGUCAGUGAAGAUCUGGGAUUUAAAUAUGGAAAAUAGACCUGUGGAGACAUACCAGGUGCAUGAAUACCUCAGAAGUAAACUCUGCUCGCUCUAUGAGAACGAUUGCAUUUUUGACAAGUUUGAAUGCUGCUGGAAUGGAUCAGACAGCAUUGUCAUGACAGGAUCCUACAACAACUUCUUCAGGAUGUUUGACAGGAACAGCAAGCGGGACAUCACCCUGGAGGCGUCGCGGGAGAACAACAAACCGCGCACGGUGCUGAAGCCGCGCAAGGUCUGCGCCAGCGGCAAGAGGAAGAAGGACGAGAUCAGUGUCGACAGCUUAGACUUCAACAAGAAGAUCCUGCACACAGCCUGGCACCCCAAGGAGAACAUCAUUGCUGUAGCUACCACAAACAACUUGUAUAUAUUUCAAGACAAGAUGAAUUAGGGUUGGCAUUCCUAACUGAAGAGUCACUUCCUGCAUAGUUGAAAUAGUUGAAUCUAGCAUUUGUACCUGUAAGGAAAGCGAGUGAGAGGUCCAUUAUGGCACCCCCUUUCCAGUGUUUAAACAUGUGCCAUAUGACAACACACUUUUAUAGCUCCAUGGAGAAGGCUCUGUGGCUCUGUUGUCUCCAUGCCUGCUAGCCAUUUAGGUGAGGGUAGGGCACUUUUUAAUUUAAAUGACUACUUGCACCAUCUUGCCUAAUGGACUAGACUGGACUGUCUCAACAUCGGUUUACUCCACUUUUUAUGCCUUCCAUUGUGAUGACGUCAGCCACAGGGAAAGCCUUCAAUCAUGCUAUGGGAUUUAAUUGUGUAACCUCAUUACUGUAUCAUUCGUGGCCCCCCCUUUUUUUAUUAAAUACAGCUCAUUCUUGCUGUGGCUUGUAGCAUUCCUCCUCCUUCUGGCCUCCUGGACUCCCCCUUCCCCCUUGUUCCCCCUCCACCUCGCCUCGGUGGUGGUGUAUGGAAAAAAAAAUAAACAGAAUAAAGCACAUAAAAUGGGUCCUUUUGGGGUCAGUGGUAAAGGGGGUCUGUGUUGCAACAAAUGUUUUAAUAAACAGUUGACUGUAAUCACUCCUUGCCGUGUCUGGCACCAAAAACAAAAAAAAAAGAAAAUAAGGAAAAAAACAAACAAACUACUGAAUAAAAGUGACAAAGAAUGGAGAAUCUGUUUUCUUUUUUUUUUUUUUUUAAUCUACCUCUUUAUACAAAUACUCUGUGUUUUAUCUUAGAUGCAUGAAAAUAAAAUGAUGGUUUUUGUAAUGAUUUUAA